AAUACAAUGAAAUUUCUUACAGAAUUAAAACGUUUUCAGCCAAACAAUAGGUUAACAGUAGAAGAUAAAAAAAUUCAUGAACAAAAUAUUUCUAUAAUCCAUCGUCAACAAGUUCAAUGGUCAUUGGUCAGUGAAAAUCAUGCAUGUGGGAUCACUGUUGAAUAUCGCAGUCACGGAGCAAAUGAUCAGUAUAAAACAUCAUUUCAAAAACAAAAUGUUCCUAUCCAUAAAAAUGUUCUUCAUGGCCAAUUUGAAAGUCAAUGCAGUGGUCAAUUACUAAUUACUAUUGAUAAUAAAAAUGGUCCGACUUCUCAAAUUGUUUGGUAUCGAAUUAAAUCUAUUGGCUUAUCAACUUGUUAUUUAUUUCAUGGUAUAUUCAAUAUGCAAUUAGAUAAAUAUUAUCAAAAAACUUGUCAAAGUAUUUCUGAAAUUGAUUUUAGUAAAUUACUUGACCACGUAUUUAAUUUUAUCAAUAAACUUUUAAAUGGUGAUAUCAGUUUACGAGAUAUGACAGAAUUACAACCUAUUUUCAAAGAUAAAAAUAUUAAUAUUCAAGAAGAAGUAAAAAAGUUAUAUAUAAAUCGUUCAAAUGAACAAAAUAAUAAUCAAGCAAAUAUAUCAACUACUGAUCUGAUGCACAAUCAUCUUAAUGGUAUUAUGGAAUGUAUUGAAAAAUUCGAUCUUUUACCAUUAGAUAAUGAAGAAGCAAAAAUUGGUCAUUUAAAACGUUUGAGUGGUAAUCAUGGUCGACGUCGUUUUCAAGUACUACGAGAUAAUUUAACAGCACAAUUUCAAUUGCAAGAAUUAAAUAAUAUGAUAUUGAAUUCAUGGAUUAUAUCUUAUACAUUAAUUGAACCAUUUAUGUUUAAGACAAAGAAUUUCGAUGAUUUUGUUCUUCGUCUUUGCUCAAAUAACGAAUUUAGAAGAAAGCUCAUCGAAUUAUAUCAAAGGUAAGUUUCAGUCAUAAGUAGAGGUCUAAGUAGAUGCUUUAAUUGACGGCUAACAUUUUUUGAUGAUCAUUCCAAAAAUUUCCUUACUUGCGAGAAAGUUUAGGAUAGAAAAUAGAAAAAUGAUAAUAGAGAACGUCCCAGGAAAAGUCUUAUAAUUGUGGAAUAGAGCUAGCUAGAAAUUCUGGCCUUGUAUAGCCCUUUCAGGCCUAUAGCUCAACCAAUGGAUGAAAUCCCUCUGAGACUUUAUAUUUAAUAUGGGCAGUGUGUAUGUUGUGGACAGUUUCAUCAAAACUGUAAAAAAAUAUCACUGAAGUCAUUUUCGACCCAUGCCCGUACCUCCUACGGGGAUGGUGAAGAAGUAAUUUGAUCAUCGCCGUAGGGGGUACGGGUGUGAGUGAAAAUUCGAUUGAGAGCAUCGCAAAAUCAACCUUUGGCAUAUCAUUAGGAGUUAUUCCUAACUUGAUUUCAACGCGUAAAACCGAAAUAUUUUGGGUUUCGUAAAUGGGUAUUAUCUGCCCUCUUUCUAGAGGCAGUGCUCCCAAAAACUACCAGGCGUACUAACUGAUCUCAUUCGAGCUAUAAUUCUCCUAUAGAUGUAUUCAACGAAGUCUCUUCUAUGUCAGAGAGGAGACCGCAUCUUGAUAUCUUUUUGCGCUCACGAUUUAUUCAAAGAUUACGAAACUUGAAAAAACCGUACAAUAUUUUGUACGGUGGAUCUGAAAGAGAUAGAUCGAAAAACAAAAAUAUUGUCUAUCGAGUAAUCCGAGAGAAAAUAGCUUCAGAAUACCAUUUUGGAAAAUCUCUACUAAGAAAUCAUCUGAUUGAUCAACU